GUUGGCUACUGAGUGGCGGCAAAACAUUCAACAUGGGAGAGGCGGCGUUAACGAGCCAUGAAAAAGGAAGCAGACCUCAGAAGGCUAAGAGAGCUCAGCCAUGAUGUUGCAGGACCUCCACGUCCCUGCAGACCAGCAGCCAGGUGGAUGAAGAGCUUCUGAAGCUCAGUAGUCACUAUGAGUGCAGACGUCGGUCCAGGUCCGGACACAACGACUGCUGCUGUUUAAUCUGGAGGUACAUUGUCAGAAUGAGGGAGAAAGUGGAUGUUUACAAGAAUCCGGGUGUUGAAUCGUCUCCUGCUCCUGAAGCACCGACUCCCCCCUUUGGUGUCCGUCCUGGGCAGUGUCCUCCUCUUGCGGCGGGCUCCUUUCGUUCCGAGUGGUUCUUUCAGGCUGAGUUUUUACUCUGGACAGCCGUCUGGUUGUGGACUUGAAGACUGAGGCUUGAGGGUCAAGGCGAUGGGCUUCUUCAGGGGCAUGUCCUUCCCUCUGGCCAGCAUCACCAUCUACAACUCGGUGGUGUUCGGCUUCUUCAGCAACGCGCAGAGGCUCAUCAGCCAGCAUCGCCAUGGCGACGGGCGCCACCCGUGCGGCAUGGCGGACCUCGCCGCGGCCAGCAUGCUGACGGGCCUGAUGUCGGUGGGCCUGGGCACCCCGGUGGACCUGGUGAAGAUCAGGCUGCAGCUGCAGACGCAGAUGGUCCUCGCAGAUGUUGACGGUGAAUGACCUCCUUGCAUCCGACGGUUUGGUUCUGGUUUUGCAACUCCCGCCUGAGACCUCCUCACCAGCACUCCAAUAGUGCGCUGGACACGGAUGUCAUUUGGUUUGGUCCCAUUCCCAUUUGGACUAGUCCAAGUGUCGUCCAUGGCCGCUAGCUUUUUAAAUCGGUAACCGCUCGGCGCCAAGCUGGACCCGCAGACGUUGCCUCCCCACACCUGCCCCUGCCCCUCUGCCCCGCCCCCUCAA